UACUCAGAUUAGCGGGAUAUUUCCGACCGGGCGAAGGGGGUGGCUGUGGGGAGGGAAGGAGGGGAGCGAGGGAUGAGCUUUCUGCGUGCGGUGAGCACUCAGUGUGCGCGAGAGGAGCGGGAGCGCGCAUCUCCAUGAUCUUCGCGAGAAGGACCGAAUCGGUCUCGAGCGCACGCGGCACAUCAUCAUCCCCAUCAUCAUCAUCAUCAUCCCCAUGAGAGAGAGCACCUCGGUCUCCCGCCCGUAUCUCUCCUCUGCCAAGAAGCUAUUAUGAAGAUGCCCUUUGGUGCUGCUGCAGACCCUGGAAGGCACCUGGGAUCCUCCAGUCUCAUUUAAAAGCGGAAAGCAGCGCGAUGCCUCGCGUGCAGUAAACCGAUACUGGAAGCUUUUCUGCCUGACGUCUGAAGUGACAACACACGCAGCGAUGGGUCUGUGGCUUCCCGACUCCGACACGGCGACGAAGGACCCUUCCCUAGAGAUGGGCUGCAAGAAGCGUCGUCAUCAGCGCCUCCGGAGGAAGCUGAGACCCACGAGGAUCGUGGGCUUCAUCCUCAGUCUUUUGGCAAUAAGCACGGUCUCCUUCUCUUUCAGUGCCUUGACAUGGGUUGCGGGGUUCGAGGCGGAGGCCCCGCCCUCCUCAGAUGGCCUGCUGUCAGGACCGGUGCCACGCCGAACUCUGCUGACUGCCACGAACCAGCAUGACCACAACAUUUCCGCAGAGAUUCCAGUUGCCAUGAGGUCAUCAGCAAAUGACAGUGAGGUCCAAGGAGAGUACCCACAGGACCUGUUCACCCUGGAGGAAAGGAGACAGGGUGCCGUGGCACUGCACAUGUUUGGCAUGCUCUACAUGUUCAUCGCCUUAGCCAUCGUGUGUGAUGAGUUCUUCGUCCCUGCCCUGACUGUCAUCACUGAGAAGCUCUCCAUCUCUGAUGAUGUGGCUGGCGCCACCUUCAUGGCCGCUGGAGGCUCGGCCCCUGAGCUCUUCACCUCCGUGAUUGGGGUGUUCAUUUCCCACAGCAACGUAGGCAUCGGCACCAUUGUUGGCUCGGCCGUGUUCAACAUCCUGUUCGUCAUCGGCAUGUGCGCACUCUUCUCCAGAGAGAUCCUCAACCUCACCUGGUGGCCACUCUUCCGGGACGUGUCCUUCUACAUCGUGGACUUGAUCAUGCUCAUUGUGUUCUUCUUGGAUAACUACAUCUACUUUUGGGAAAGUCUCACGUUGCUUGGAGGCUACGUAUCCUACGUAAUAUUUAUGAAGUACAAUGUCAAUGUAGAGGUUUUCGUGAAAGGCUUGAUUAGCAGGAACCAAGUUGUGGAAGUGGAGGCCCAACCAAAGGCGAGCCCAGAGCCGGCGGAGGACGGGAACAAACUGUCGGCCAAGCCCCGCCUCCAGAGAGGGGGAAGCUCUGCCUCCCUGCACAACAGUCUGAUGAGGAACAGCAUCUUCCAACUGAUGAUCCACACACUAGACCCCCUCAGUGAAGAAUUUGCUGAUUCUGAACUCGGAACGUACGGAAAGCUAAAAUAUUAUCACACAAUGACCGAGGAAGGUAAAUUUCGGGAGAAGGCGUCGAUCCUUCACAAGAUUGCCAAAAAGAAAUGCCAAGUGGAGGACAGCGAGAAAGCCAAUGGAGCCGCGGGAGGUGCGGAUAAAAGCCUUCCAAACAGCUCCAACGUUGAGGUUGAAGUCACACCUCCCAUGAAUGGCAGCGUGGGUCAGGAGGGAGAGGCGGGGGAGGAGGAGGAGGAUGAGGACCAGCCCCUCAGCCUGGCCUGGCCAGACACCAACCGCAAGCGCUGCACGUACAUCUUCAUCCUGCCCAUUGUCUUCCCACUGUGGCUGACGCUGCCUGAUGUGAGGAACCCAACCUCGGUGAAGUUCUUCCCGCUCACCUUUCUUGGCUCCAUCUCCUGGAUUGCAGUUUUCUCCUACCUGAUGGUCUGGUGGGCUCAUCAGGUUGGAGAGACUAUUGGGAUUACAGAAGAGAUUAUGGGAUUGACCAUUUUAGCAGCUGGUACCUCCAUCCCUGACCUAAUCACAAGUGUCAUUGUGGCACGGAAAGGGCUGGGCGACAUGGCCGUGUCCAGCUCCGUAGGUUCCAACAUCUUUGACAUCACAGUGGGCCUUCCAUUCCCUUGGCUGCUCUACUCCUUCAUGAACGACUUCAAGCCGGUGGCAGUGAGCAGCAACGGUCUCUUUUGCGCCAUUGUCCUCCUUUUCCUCAUGCUCCUCUUCGUCAUUAUUUCCAUCGCGGCCUGCAAGUGGAGGAUGAGCAAGCUGCUGGGCUUCAUCAUGUUCCUGCUGUACUUUGUUUUCCUGGUGGUCAGCGUUAUGCUGGAGGACAAGGUCAUCAUCUGUCCGGUGUCCAUCUGAGUUCCUCCCACCAACCAACCUUUCAUUUCCGCCAUGGAACAGGGGGAGGGAAGGGGGAUUUGGAUUCAGCAUUUAUUCUUUUUUUUUCACACUUUCGGACCCAUGUGGCUUAAGUGGACAAGGCUGCUUUGAAGGGACAUGAAAGUGGAGGCAGUUGUGCGGUAGGAAACAUAGGCUAUCUACCGAAUGGGCAGCAAUGUACCAAUACAUGUGCAUCAUGUAUUUCAUCAGACUGCAAGGUUUUGAGAGACCUUUCAAGGUCUCACUCCUAUAGCCUAUAUGAGGAGAGAAUGGCUUUCAGUGCAUACAGACAUUUGACAAAGUGGCAUUUUCCUUGCGUAAGGUCCUCCAAAAGUGUGGUGGUGCUGUAGUGUAUGACCACCAUGAAAGACAGCCUUGAAUAUUGAGCAUCUAUGAGCUGUCCAUGUGUGUAUGGAGCGCACGUAUGUCAGCGUUGCUGCAGAGCCCUCGGUUAAAGUAUCCCGGCCUUUUGUCUCCUGAAAAACCAGGCACUGCUGACAAACGCUGAUUAGCGUGUUGUGGCUGCAUCCAACUGGACUGGACAUUCGCCAUCCUCUGAGCUUCAGAGGCAUGAGCACGAAGUAGUUUUUGGGCCUGAUGACAAAGUGUCGAGGGUCGUACCGAGGGUCAACGAGUGUCAAAGCUGCUUCAUGGGACGGGGAGGGGGUUCUUACCAGCAGGUUUGCCCUGCACACUGCCAAACCUGGCGUCAGAACCAUGCGGCUCCCUUUGGGGGUACGUUCUCCACCGAACCCGUGGAAGUUGGUCGGGUGGAUAUUUAUUCUUCUUAUUACUAUUGUUAUUACUAUUAUUGCGGCAGUAGUCGUAGUACCAAGUAGUAGUGGUAGUACCUUGGUUCACAUGGAGCUCUGUGACGACUUACUCAUCCACUCACCUCAAAUCCAGACCAACCACGUAGAGAUUGCAUUACUGUCUGUAUGGGUUUGGAAACGUAAACUGUAAGAAGCCAAUAUUAAAGUAGAAUUAUAACCGUAAAAAACAACAUUAAUAUAACCUGCUGUGCAUAUUAAUCUGUCUCUGAAGAAGCAUGUUUAAACUUGGACAGGAUAUUCAUGAAUCAUAUUUCAUUUUCACUAUACCACAAUAGAUUAAAGAGCCGGUACUUCGCAUUUGAAUAAAUGUUCUUGAGCAGUUUGUUUAUAUUAGCAGAAGUUACAGCAUCUAGUGCUCACCGCUUAUUAUAGUCUCAUCUUUUUUCUACUGGACAAAGGAAAUAAUGGGACAUUAAUAUAAACCAGAAACAUUCAAGGUCGUAGUAUAGCAGUUAUCAAAAUCUGGGCCAGAGGGGGUGGGGAGCAUGGGGUGUAGUUAUACAUGUGAAAUUAUAGCCAACACAUCACACUGCUUGUCACAGCUCCCUUUGUCAAUCAAAAUAUUUUCUCUGUCUGUUAGACCGAUGAGUCUUCAAAUAAGUGCUUAGAAUAGGUCCAUGAAUACUUAUGACAAAUAAUAUCUACUGAACUUGUGAAUUUGUUUUGAAACGAAGGGUGCUUCUUGUCUACAGUUGUGCACAAUAUGUAUAUGUACGUACACAAAGCAGUCACUGUUAGCUCCAAAAUCAAGAUGCCACAUUAGGUACACUCUCAUCUGACUGAUACUAUUUGACGAGUAACACAAUGCAGUAUUUUUUCUAGCAAAUGCAAGGUUUUCAGGCAGUGGUCAAGAUCUGACUUCUGACCUCUGACACCCUGUGACAUGGGUGGUGACCUCACAACUGUAGCUCCACCCACAACAACAUCUCUAAUGUGAUUGGAGGAUUAGCCUGCCACUCCAUGCUGAGCUCUCAGUGGCUUUGAAUGCCACACCAGCUGAUUAUUAUUGAAAAAAAGCAAAAACAAAUUCCUUCGUCUGUCAACACUCAUCACUUCCAGCACCGCACACUGAUCAAUGAUGUCUGCGUUCGUAUCAUAGGUCCCCUUAAUCUUGUGAAAAUAACUAUACAUA